AUGGCGUCUCAAGUAGCCAAGACUGCGCGCCGGAUAACGCAUGAGCUCCAUGGCGUUGUGGUAUCCGCCGGCCUGAUGCAAAAGACUGUCAAGGUGCGAGUGGGUGGCCAGAAGUGGAAUAAAGUUGUCAACAAGUGGUUCGCCGAUCCAAAAAACUAUCUUGUGCACGACCCAAACUCGUCCCUCAGGACCGGCGACGUCGUCUCCAUCGCCCCAGGAUGGCCGACCUCCAAGAACAAGAGACAUGUCGUUAAGCACAUCAUUGCUCCAUUUGGCUCUUCCAUUGACCAACGCCCACCGGUACCGACUUUGGAAGAGCGUAUAGCCGAUCGCGAAGCCAGGAAGGCAGACAAAGACGAACGAAGAGCUGCGAGAAGGACGACCAAGGAAGAUUCCAGGAGAGAAGAAAGAGUUUCGCAAAAGGGUGGACGGUCUGGACAUGCACAGCAGAAAUUGUAA